AGGCUAGAGAUGUAUGGGAACGCCUGCUACAUUAGGACAUUAGCUAGCUACUAGCUAACUAGGGAGUUUUGUUUUGCUAGCUAGCUCAAUUUACCUUUCAAUGAAAAUGGAUACUUUAAUGCUGCAGGAACCGUCUUUGUACACUGUGAAAGCAGUCCUCAUUCUGGAUAAUGAUGGAGAACGACUCUACGCUAAAUACUAUGAUGAUACAUACCCUUCAGUCAAGGAACAGAAAGCUUUUGAGAAGAACAUCUUUAGCAAGACACACCGGACUGACAGUGAGAUUGCUUUGCUAGAGGGACUCACAGUUGUCUACAAGAGCAACAUUGAUCUCUUCUUCUAUGUCAUUGGAAGCUCACACGAAAAUGAGUUGAUGCUAAUGGCCGUUCUAAACUGUCUAUUUGACUCACUCAGCCAAAUGUUAAGGAAGAAUGUUGAGCGGAGGGCUCUACUGGAGAACAUGGAAGGUCUCUUCCUGGCUGUAGAUGAAAUAGUCGAUGGCGGGGUGAUUCUGGAGAGUGAUCCUCAGCAAGUGGUUCACCGCGUGGCUCUGAGGGGCGAAGAUGUGCCUUACUCCGAGCAGACUGUCACCCAGGUGCUGCAGUCAGCCAAAGAACAGAUCAAAUGGUCUCUGCUCCGGUAGGAUCUAUCAACGCCCUGUUCAGCUCCCCUCAUCGAAUGCUGUAGCAUCGUUAAGAACAGCUCCUCUCGGUGAUGUCAUCUCUUCCCCUGUACUGACUCCUCCCAUUCCUCCAACUCCUCCAAUCAGGGCUGAAGACCAACAAGGGAUAUCUGAGUUCUGUCGGUCUGAACCAAUCAUAUGUGUGUCUUUACUGUGUAAACUUCUUCUGAUAUGUUGUUAAGAAGCUAACUGGGAGGGAGAUAUUUGGAUGCUUUUGUGUUAAUACCGUAGGCAUCAUAGCUCUGUCUCAUUAUGGCAUCUGUGAGAGCAUUGGCAGCACAUUCUCCACCUUGAUAUGUGCUGUGUUUUCUGCUUCCCAAGUACAGUUUUGUUGUUUGAUCCCCCUUGUGGAAUUCCCACUUGAGCCAUGUGAUCUUUCCUGUACGGUUAACCUGCUGGAAGUCCCACCCAUGUUGAAACGUGUUGCAUCGUUUGUCGAGUCCUCUCUCCAUCUCUCGGUCUAGACAUUCCGUCGACAUAGUUUGUAUUUUCUUCCACAGACACGUUUACUCGACAUAUUCAUGCCUUCUGAUUGCUAUUCCAUGUUUUAACUAUAGUACAGGGAGUACAGACUCUGUGAAUAAUUCCUUUAUAAUUCUGUUAUAGACAUUUUGAUCAGGUCAGGCAACAUUGUUAUAAGUCACGUGUGUUCCUUCGUUAUCUUGGAUGAACUCAAGCAUUUAAAUCUUUUGAAUAAAAACAUUUAUGGACACCAGA